AUGGCGGGCAUGGACCUCAGUGCUUGUACGGAUCAGGCGAACAACGAUGUCAGGGAUGUAUCUUCCUCGACAUUGCCUGCACCCAUCUUCGUCCGAGGAGGCGGCGAGGCCCACAGAACAAAGCAUGAACCGCCUCAAGCUCUAGCUGGUAUUGUCGGCUCCGGCUCUGGCUCGGAGGCGGCAAGUUCGCCCCAAUUACUCCGGAUAGCAUCAGCUGUAUCCCCGAUGCCUCAGCAGAGCCACUGGCUUUCUCUCUUUGCCCCUGAACCCACGAUUCUUCGUAUACUCAACGACUGGUUCGAAAGGGUGCACGCUCUUGCCCCAGUUCUCGUUCGUCGGCGCUUCAUGCGGCGCUUCAGAAGCAGAGAAGCAGACCACAAUGCUACUUUCUGUGGCCUCGUCAUCAGUGUCUGCAUGGCAACCUGUGCUACAUUGCGGAGAGAAGACUAUGGCGAUGCGACGGCCGAAAAAGGGGCCACCUUCAUUCAGUACCAUCGGUUGCUUGAAGUUGACAGCAGCGGUCAAAACGCGUAUACUCUGGAUUGGUGCGUGGCCAUGUAUAAUCUCGGCAUGUCAGCAAGUUCUCUUGCAACGGGCGGGUUGAAGUCGACCAGCUCGUAUCAUGCCUUAUCCAUGGCCGCCAUUGGGGUUCGGUAUAUUGCAUAUUACUGUAUGAAGGAUCAUGACUUUGUCGAACAGCAACAGGCUAAGAGGCUUUUCAUGCUAAUCUUUGCUGGCUCCCAAAGCGGGGACGCAUUUGGCAUGUUGACGCCAAAUAUUGCAUCCUAUCAGGAUAAUUGGCCUCAGCUUCGCCCAUUGCCUCUCACAGACGACGAGCUGGAUCCCACCGGCAAGGACCUUGAUCCCCUGGCGGCGGAGGAUACCGCAUGGCACGGUAACAACACGAGCUACAUCCCCGGUCUGCUGCGUCUUAGCGACAUAUUCUGGGUCUGGCACGAGGCUCAAACCAUCCCGGCAGCCAUGCUUGGCGGGGUCGAGGCCGCUUUGGCGCGGUACUUGGCCCAAGUGCAGCAGGUGAUCGACUCCUUACCACCGGAGCUCCGAUGGCGCGGCGGGCUGUCAAGGCCGGCGCAUGUCACCGAGGGACACGAUGCUCAAGUAGUCAACAUCUUCAUCACGUCUUUGCAUAUAAGGUCCAACUUGCUGGAGAAAUUCGGAUCGACGUCCGGCAGUCACGAGGAGCAUCAAAGGAUCGUGGAUGAUCUGCUCGAGAUACUGUAUCAUCUUCCCCAGGCCGUGUUCGACGCCAACGGGAGUAGUUUGGUGCCCAAGAUUCGUGAUAUAGGGGCUUCGUACUUGGAGCAGGCUCAGAAGAUCCAGGGAAUGGGAGAUGAUGUCAAGGAGAAGAUGGAGCGUUUGUCACGUAGGCUGCACGAUCUUGAUUGCUGGCCAGGCCAUCCGACUGGGUAUUAG